GGCUGUGUCGAGGAAUUUUUGAGGUACCCUGGCGCCAUUCUUGAACGACUGAAGUGCGUAAACCCCCAAGGCAAGGAAGAGCUGCUCAGAGCAAGCUUGGAGUUCAAGCUUACCCGCCUUGUGGGCGCUGGGAAACCUACUGAUGGAUCCCAGCGUACCGAAACUGAUCACACAGAAGGUAUCUGGAAGGGGCCCAUAGCGAGUCAUGCCUGUGGGGAUGCAGUCAAAACACCACUUCCCGUGGCAGUGCAGAUCUUCGGUACGUGAUAUCAGUUCGAAUGACGGUUACUCUUGACAAUUUGCGACGUCAAUCAGACAUGGACCUUCACCAUCUGCCGCGAAUACAUUUGUUCUCGACUUACGACAGCUUCUAUAUCAAUGCUUCCGUAGAUGACCAUGACUACAUGUCCACCACUGCUGAGAACCUGCAUUCCUUGCCGUGGACGACUGAGCUAAAACUGAAUGUACAGGCGUCGUCCAGAAUUUCCCUCAAAGUCUUCGCAAAACGUCACCUCCAUGAAGAUCAGUACAUUGGUAUGGUACAAGAAGAUGUCGAGACGCUUCUCGCUCAUUCCAGAACUAAAAUCUACCGCCUCGUGUCUUUUGAUCCUCAUGGCAAGAAACAUUUCCUUUGUGCUAGCAUGGAAUUCAAGAUCAUACCUCUUCAUAAUGCAAUCGAGCAUGGCAUCACUCAGCAUGCUCAAGACCAGCUCGCCCGCACAAUUGAUGCCUCUAAGGAUACAUCAGAUGAACCAGCCACGGGAGGCAAUGGUCCAAAUGAACCAUUGACAGCGUCUACUGAGCAGGUCCUCGAUGUCGCUGUCUCAGAAGUCCUUACUCCGCUCUUGGACAAGAUCAGCAUUUUCAUUCAGCUUGCUGGCAAGUUCGCUGGGGCCCAUCCUUACACCAAAAUGGCGUUUAUGAUUCUCACUGCAGUAUAUCAUUUGGUGGAUGCACAACUUGCCCGAGACCGAAGUAUCAAUCGGCUCAUUACCGUUAUGCACGAAACCUACAGCCUUGUCUCUGGCAUAGAGGAACUGAAAAGGGUGGAAUCGCAAGAAAAGACUAUUAACUCCCUCGCUCGCCAGACGAUCGAGUGCUCGUACUUUAUCCGUGACUACCUGGAGAAAAAGAGCGGAUGGAAACAAAGCUUUUCGAACGCGUUGUCCAAACUAGAUGAUAAAAUCCUAACGUACGAAGUAACCUUCAAAGAACUCAAGAAUGCUAUACAUCAGCAAGCCGCGAUUCACACGGAACUCUACGUCUUUCGUGUUUAUGAUCUGUUGCAUGACCAUGCCGCGAAAACAGACCUUGACGCCAUGCACUAUGCUGUUGGCGCUUCGAUUGAAUCACAGAAGAUCGGAGAUGCGCCCCCACGAACCGACAUCGUGGAGUCAAUAACCUCAUGGAUCAAUAAAGACGAUGAACGUCAGAUUUACCUCUUGCUAGGUUCAAGGGGGUCCGGAAAAUCCACUAUCGCACAUAACAUUGGACGCCAAUUCGACGCCAUUGUGCGUCUUGGUUCGUCGUACUGUUUUUCGCGCGCUGCCCGGGAUAAGCGAAAUGCUACGAAUUUGUUCAGCACGAUUGCACGGGACCUUGCUGAUCACGACCCUCAAUAUAUGAAGGCUCUCUGGGCUAUUGUGAAAGACAAGCGCGCAUUACGUGGAUUGACAGACCCACUUACUCAAUUCGAUCGCUUUAUCCUUAUUCCCGCGAGUCAAAUGACAUGCAUCGGCCCUGUACUGGUGAUCAUCGACGGGUUGGAACACAGCGGUAGCGAGUCAGAUCGUAAAGACCUCCUGACUGCGCUCGCAGAGAAAGGAGCAAAGCUCCCCCGUAAUUUCAAGUUAUUAGUCACUUGCCGGCCAGAGGAGGACAUUUGCGCUGCUUUCGAAGGAAAAUCUCAUGUUAUACAGAAGCAUUUGGAACAUCACGCCGACUCACACUUUGUUCCACCACCAACAUUGGGGAAAAACCAGACAAGCAGACCUAGGUCUCGCCCUCCUACGCCUCCUUUGUCUAUCCCUGCAUUUACGCGAUACAACCUCUCACUUGGGGCUGACUCGUCGACAAGCGACUCUACUCCGGUAUCGGAUCUCUCGGACUCAGGCUCAGCAGUCUCUGCUGUGUUUGACACCUUGGACGAUGGCAGUGAUUCUACUGAGUCCCCUCCUUCCAGUCUCAGCUCCGUUGAUGAGGAGCCACAGCCUUCACGAAAGGACGUUGUACAAGUUACACGCAGGAGCAAAGAGUUCACCGUAGAGGAGAUCUUCGAAAUUGAUGGCCGUACCGUUCGAAGAACCAAUUCGGAGAAGCUCGAGAGUUGGACCGUUAAGUCGCAUGAUCACUCUCAAAGUGGUCUGCUCCUUAAAGGAUUCGUCACAUCAGCAGAACCGGCGAAUGAUUUGCCGCCAUUGCUUGGAUUAUCUGGAUACAAUAGUUGUCUCCCCAAACAAUCUCGCCAGAAGCAGGUCCGGGAAAAGACUAUUAUUCGUCACUCCACGGAUGUGGAUGGGGCGGAAAUAUUGGGCCGGGUUGAUGAUCUCGCAUGUCCGUGAUACAAUACGCCUUCAA